AUGCUGGAUGCAGAGGGAUAUGGAGCCCAGGUGUGGCAUGAAGUCCUGCUGCCCCUGCCCCUGCCUGCGGGGCUGUGCAAUGCGUCUGAGCUCACCUGGGGUUCUGACGAGACCCCAAAGCCAGCCCUGCUGGUGUCUGGGGAUCCGACGGGGAAACAGGUGCUCAUGCCCAACAUGUGCACUGCUGGCUUCAGCCGAGCUGGCGUGGUGGAGCCGACUCCCUGUCCCAAGAGGACCAUCGAGCUCCCCAAGGCACCUUCGUUCUUGCACAAGCACGUGGCCAACGUGGGAGUGAGCCAGAAGCCGUCUGUGUGCCAGAUCCAUGCAGGUUCCCUGGCUCGGCUCCCAGGCGGCUCUGGUGAACAGGGUACCGGCCCCUCCCUGGCUGCCGUCCUGGUGGUAGAAGGAGACCCAGUGUCCGAGCGUCGAAGGCACAGGUGGCGCUACGGGGCCUACCUCGGGCUGUGUUCUGCAGCAGCUCAGGCCCUGGAGCAGGAGCGAAGUGAGACUGGAAAUCCUUCUGCCCUCCUCUUCCUGCUGCCCAGGGUGCAUGGGACAUGCGGAAGCAGCGGUUUAUUUUGGCUCACGGUUUCAGAGGCUUCAGUCCAAGGCAGGAGCACCUGGCAGAGGGCAUGCAGGAAAGAUACUUGGUCCGUGGUGCCAGGAAGCAGAGCACAGGGAAGAUCCAGAGAGGAAGGGGCCACGGGCCGGAUACAGUCCCCGGGGUCCGCUCCCUCCAGCCAAACUGCGAUCCCUGAGAGCCACUCUGUUAGGAACCCAUGUCUGAGGAGGAAGAUGAAGGCCCGUGCUCCCCCACCUCCGGGGAAGCCAGCCCUGCUGAGGGACCCCACAGACCUGAUGCCUCCCUGUGACAUGGCCCUCGGCUACCCCCAGAACCUCAUCCACCAGCAGGAGGCGCUGCGUGACAGCACUGUGGACGUCACCGUGGUCCUGCCCAGCGGGCUGGAGAAGCACAGUGUGGUCCGCGGGAGCCAUGCAAUGAUGGAUCUGCUGGUUGAGCUCUGCCUGCAGAAUCACCUGAAUCCUUCCCACUAUGCGCUGGAGAUCCGGUCCUCGGAAACCCAGCAACCCUUGAGUUUCAAGCCAAAUACCCUGGUCGGGACCUUGAAUGUGCAUACUGUGUUUCUGAAAGAGAAAGUUCCAGAAGAGAAGGUGAAACCCAGUCCCCGCAAGGAGCCCGAGAAGUCCAUGCGCCUGGUGGUGAAUUACCUGCGCACGCAGAAGGCUGUGGUGCGCGUGAGCCCCUCUGCGCCCCUACGCAGCGUCCUGCCGCUCAUCUGCGCCAAGUGCGACGUUAGCCCCGAGCACGUGGUCCUGCUGCGUGACAGCGCUGCUGGGGAGGAGCUGGAGCUGUCCAAGUCCCUAAGCGAGCUGGGGGUGAAGGAGCUGUAUGCCUGGGACAACCGGAGAGAAACAUUUAGAAAAUCAUCACUCAGCAAUGAUGAGACCGAUAAAGAGAAGAAAAAAUUUCUGGGAUUUUUCAAAGUUAAUAAAAGAAGCAGUAGUAAGGGCUGCCUGACAACGCCCAACUCCCCAUCUGAGCAUCCACGCUCCCUGAGUUUGGGGCCAUCCCUGUCCCUGGGCAACGUCUCCGGGGUGUCGGUGAAGUCAGAGAUGAAGAAGCGCCAGGCCCCACCGCCUCCCUCAGGCGCCGGGCCACUGGUCCAGGACAAGACACCAGAAAAGGUAUCCCUGGGCUCACAGGUUGACUUGCAGAGGAAGAAACGGCGGGCACCAGCACCCCCUCCGCCACAGCCACCUCCACCCAGUCCCCUGGUCCCCAGCCGCAGGGAGGACAAAGAAGAGAACCGGAAGAGCACCAUAGGUGCUGGACGGCAGGUGCCACAGAAGCCCCCAAGGGGCAGCACACGGGGCCCGCCCCACCUAGUGCUGCCCCCACCCCCAUCCUAUCCUCCUGACCCAGAAGAGCUGGAGCCCCUUGGCCCUCCUGGGGAGAGUGCUGGUUCUGAGCCCUCUGAGCUGAGACCCAAACUGAGCCUGCCCCGGAGUCCCGGCAGCCACAGCAGUGUGAACGGCGUCCUGCCCGAGGCCGAGGAGACUGUGUCUGUGGGCAGCUGCUUCGCAUCGGAGGACACAACAGAGGACUCGGGGGUGGUCAGCUCCCCAUCCGACAUUGUCUCUCUGGACUCCCAACACGACGGCCUGAAGCCCAGAGAAAAGUGGGCCACAGACCAGGAAGAUUGCAGCGACCUGGAGCCUGCUGGGACCCCGGAACCAGGGCACCAGAAGAGCCCCUCGUGGGAGGGGCCUGGCCCCGGGAAGUCGUGUCCCAGAAGCAAGGAAGGCGCCAUCACCGUCGAGGACGAGCUGCUCAUCACCGGACGCCUCCACUGCACCCUGGCAGAACCCGACGGGAGCCUGGACGAGAUGGAGGACAGCUACGACACGGACUCCAGCUCUGCCACCGGCUCCCUAACCAGUGUGUGGGGCCACCGUGUUCGGGAUACGGUCCCGGUGACGUUCAUCGGGGAGGUUUCAGAUGACCCACUGGACUGGGGGCUGUCGUCCAAUAGGAACAACAAUGCGGGCUCUUCCGACAUGGGCAGUGUGGCCCACAGGGGACCCUGCCUGCCCAAAGGCGAGUCGGCAGGGCCUGCGGGCGGCAGGUGGAGUCCCCCGGAUGUUGGCCCAGGAGCCCAGGUUGGGAGCCAGCCUGGAGCGACGCCAAAAGCAGCGAAGCUUCCCGCGAGGGCCCCGGGUCUGACAGAGCCGGGGCCCCACCUACCUCCCACUGAGCGAACCGAGGCCCCACCGAGAGUGGAGCAGGGCAGUGACCCGGGGCCCCAGUCGUGGAGCCGGCUUGGCCAGCCUGCAGCUGGGAGCUUGGGGCGGAAGCCCGGGCUCACCACAUACCGGAUCGUACCCGCGCGCCCCGAGACGCGCUGUUACGAUCGAGGUGCAGCUCUGUCCACCGGAGGCCUGGAGAUCGACGAGCUGGGGAACUUGGUGAGUGCACGCGGAGCCUGUGCUGCCCACUCUCCGGCCUCGCCCACCUCACCCGGGGUGGACGCCCAGACGCAGCCGCUGGGGAAGGUGAAGGAGUUCUGGAGGCGCGGUGAGAACGAGAUGGCGCGGAGCCCGCCCGCGGGGCUCCCGGCAGCGGGGGGAACCCCCACCCUGGCCCACGCACCCACACCGGGUGGGCUGCUGGCCACUGGCCCCACCUGGGCCGCCACACGUGAGCCUCCGAGCUGUCCCCAGGUGCCCACAGCCCAUAGCCACGUGCCCCAGCCCGGGCAGGCCCAGGCUGUGAGGGAAGCAGAUGGCUCCACACCACCCAGCCUCUUCGGGCCAAAGAAGAAGUUCCGGCCCGUGGUGCAGAAGCCAGCCCCAAAGGACACAUCCCUGCACAGCGCGCUGAUGGAGGCCAUCCACACAGCCGGCAGCAAGGACAAGCUCCGGAAGACAGCAGAGCCCCCCGAAGAGCGCAGGUCCCUGACACCAUCCUACACCGAGGCAGACAGUGCGCGCUCCGCCCUGCUUGCGGCUAUCCGGGGACACAGCGGUGCCCGUAGUCUGAGGAAGGUGCUCUCCUCGGCCUCUGAAGAGCUCCGGGGUUGCCCGGAUAUAGUUCCGCCCCAGGCCCCAAGGCCCCCGCUGGCGCCCCAGGCCCCAUCUGCACCCAUGACAGCCCCUGGGCUCAGCUCCCGGCCCCUUGGCAAUGCAGUGGACGCACAGCAGGCCCUACUGGAUGCCAUCCGCUCCGGCUCAGGUGCUGCCAGGUUGAGGAAGGUGCCCUUGAUUGUGUGAACUGUGGCAGAAACUCACCCAGGGACACUGAGACGGACUCCCACAUGGCGAGGAACAAGAUGGGGCCACGUGUGCGUAGAUUCGUGGAGUUCCUGCGUCCAGAUCCCAAGGCGGGGAGACGUGGCCUUGCCCGGCAACUGUGCCAAGGAAAUAAACGUGCUUUGCCUCUGAAACACAGAUUUGCCAAUAAACAGCCCUGUUGGUAGUGACAGGGACACCGUGUGCAAGCCCCACACUCAUGCAUCCACGUGGGGUUUGAUAGGAGGCUAAACUGGAGCCACAGAUUUCCCUGAAUGUCUCCAAAACACCCCGGGCAGCAACACCAAGCUGGUCAGAAAUCAAAAGGACCUUCCAAAGUAAAAUAAAAUCUCUGCCUCAGUGAAAAGGUGAGGAUGGUGACUCCUGAAAAGGUGUACCACUGUCUCCGACCUCUGAACCUGCCAGGUGAGGAGGGCCACCAGCCACACUCAUUGGUCACAGCUAUCUGCUAUUCAGUGCCACAAAUAAACAAGGAUCCAAUUGCAGCUAGAGUAUGGGUUCCAUGCGGCGAAGCUGGGUACACCCCUGCAGGACAGGAGGAGCGCUUGUUCAGUCAAGCAGCACCCUGGGAGGCUGAGGUAGGAUGACUGCAAGUUCCAGCCCAGCCUAGGUGACAGUAAGAGCCCCUCUCAAAAUAAAAACUAAAAGGGCUGGGGUUGUCACCCAGUGCGAAGGCGUGGUUAAGAGGUUCAGACCCCGGGAGAGAGAAAGGGGCCCACGGCCCUGACAGAGCCACAUCUUUUAGCACAGUCCUCACGUGGCCCCAGACCUGCUUUGUGAACUUGGGUUUGAGAAGCCUGUGAGGUUUCUCGGGGGCCACACGGGUCUCUCUCCCAGUCCCCAGGCCUGGGCACAGCCUCUGUCCCAGCCCCACCAUCCAACCCGCCUCCUCAGGAUUUCUCUGUAUUCGUUCACUCAUGUGAUUGAGCCCAGGCCCUCACAGAGCUGCAUCCCCAGCCCUGGAUUAAAAUUUUGAGAUAAAGUGUUGCUAAUUUGCUGAGUAACCCAGGUUGGGCUUGAAUUUGAGACCCUCCUCCUUCAGUCACCUAAGUGCUAGGAUUAUAGGCAUGCACACCAUGCCCCGCCUCCCUGGGACUGUUUCUGUGACUUCAGGCUACCUGUGAGGGCAGACUGGAGAGGAGCUGAUCCUUCCAGAAAGACCCACUCAAGGAGUGAAGAAUUCCUGCCAAGGAAACAUGGUAAAUGGGUGUGAGACUGUGGCCUUGGUGGGUUCUCCCUUCAUUUAGCUUCUGCCUCGGAAAGGUGCUGCUGCUGCUCAACUUCACAACCCUCAUUCCCCAACUUCCAAAAGUACUGAACUUCUUGUAUUUCUCCAAACACACUCUGUGAAUUCACCCUCCCAUGUCUUACAUAGAACUCCUAUUCAUCCUGCAAAGCCCAGUGGCCUCCAUACCCACCCACUGUGCUGCGGAAAGGGACACCUCCUAUUGCUUUGGUCACUUUACAUUGAAAUCCACUAAGCUUAGUGACAGGGAGCUCCCUGGCCAUGUGGUAUUCAUGGGAGAGCUUCAGGCCUGAGGACGCUGGCAAAUGACACCGGUAGGCAAGUGGGAAGGAGCUGAAUUUUGCUGAGGGUUCUCCACACCCAGGAGAGGACUCAAAGCAGCAGGGACCCAGAGGCCAGGCGCGAAGAGGGGCACCACAGUCUCCAGGUCCAAGCCAGGCAGGGCCAGUGGUCAGUGAGGCCUCAGCCGCUGCCCCUGCACUGCGGUGACUGUGGACCCAGCCACAGUGGAUGGCACCAGGGGACAGCAGUUGGGCACCAAACGCUGCAGGACUGAAGGGGCCCGGCCUCCCCAGCUGGCUCGCUUCCCACCUCCCUCCCUUCACGUUCUCAGAGCCAGGCUGGGUUCCAGUCUGGAGGUACUGCCCACCUCCCGUGUCUGAAGAGGCCCAUCCUGGCCGAGCAGCCUCCACACUGUGCUGGGUGCUUCUCCCGGCCAGUGCCACCUGGCAUCCUCCUUACGGCCCAGCAUGUACCCUGCCUGGACAUUGCUGGGGGUGGACAGCAGCUGCCUAGGCCUGGGCUGUGGUCACGUCCUCAAAGCAAGGAGCCUGGCGGGUGUGGAGUUCAUUGGAGGCUCCAGCCUCCUGUGUGGAGGGAACGGAUCUCCUGUGGGUGAAUUCAGGGCUGACCAUGCUGUAGGAGGCGGUGCUGGCUGAGGGGUCCCAGGUGACCCGGCAGAUGCGCUCCUGUCCCUGGCCCUCCCUCCUCUCACUGCUUCCUAGCCGCCAUGAGGUGAGCAACUCUCCUCCACCAGGCCCUUCCUGCUGACCAGAGAUCACAGCCGGAAGUCGCAGCAGCCCCUUCCUCCUGCUGUGGGAGCUGGGUGUUUUAACCCAGUCACAGGAAAGUGACUCAGAGCCAAGGGAAGAAGCCCAGAGCAGGACUCUGCCCAGGGAGCAUCAAGCAGGGGUCACUGUGGGAAAAGCAAAGCACACAAAGUCCCUAGCUCCGAGGCUGAGAACAGCCCGAGCUGUGCAAGACAAACAAGAACCGUAACUCAGGAGCCACGAGGCCCCCACAGUGCCCGCAACAGUGACACAAUCGUGUAAUACACCAUGCUUUCAUCACUCAUUACAGCGUUGUAACGCUGAUAAGAGCUUUUCCACCCAGCCUGGUGGCACACACCAGUGAUCCCGACACUCGGAGAGGCUG